UAUUUUUAGUAGACACGGGGUUUCACCGUGUUGGCCAGGCUGGUCUCGAACUUCUGACCUCAGGUGAUCUGCCCGCCUCAGCCUCCCAAAGUGCUGGGAUUGUAGGGGUGAGCCACUGGGUCUGGCCUGCUUUUCCUUAUGUUUCAGAAUAGUUGAACCACUUUAUUCCUCAGUGUGGCCCAAAUAAGAUUUUCAAAUGCUUCUAAACAGAGCUCUCCUUCUGUGCCUCUGCCUCUGCUGAGGUUUGCUCCUGUAGGAAGUUAUCUGGACCAAACAGCCCAAGCACUGAAUUUAGCUUUAUUGGUGUUACAUUUCCUGUGUGUUGAGGGUUUGGCUGCCAAGAGGUGAAUUAUAGAUGGAAUCUUUCAUUCUGGUUUCAGUUUCUGGAAGUAGCUAUUGAGCUCAAGGCAAAUAAUAUCUUUAAAGAGAUAUACAUGAUUUAAGGAUAAUCUGGCAUUUAUCUCUGCUCUCUUUUUGAAGACUUCAUUAUCAUGGUUGCCUGACCCAACACAACGUAUUUGGAGGAGGAGAGGGGACAUUUUUAUUGUACCCCAUCACGGGGCUGAGUCAUUUGGCUCUCCAUUCACUGGAACAGACAACUGUGGACAACACCAUUGGGUUUCCCACCAAGGACAGAAUUCCAAAGCAACAAUGGCUUCCAUGGUUAGCUCACCCAGCCUGCCCAAGUCGUCAGCUAGUUCCACACAGUAGAGAAGUGGGUAGUGCCCCUCACCUAACAUCUGGAAAAAUUCCCAAAAGUUGUGACUUCAAGACCACCGAGUCAGCAGCAACUCUUUUCCUGCCAAGAAUAGCACAUUGUUCUUUUCCUUUUCCGGUAAUCCCUCCCCGGAAAGAGAAGAUCACAGGUUUUGUAGCAUUAAAUACGUUGUAGAAAUUCAUGGUAGCAGGGGCAAGAUCAUUUAAACAAAAUACAGAAAGUAUCAGAGAGAGAAAAAGCCAAGGACAAAGAUUAAUCAUUUUCUGCUUUGAAAAAAAUGGCUUUGAUUUGCAACCAUGGAAUGCUCCACUGUUUCUCUUCUCUUCAAAGACAUCUACUGAAAGGAUUCCUUAACCUUACCAAGUGGCCAAAAUGCUUUUCUGAGAAGACUCACAGAGCAUAGGACCCCCUAGGAACCUAUGAGGCAAAAACGAAAGAAGAAGGCAGGACACGCAGUGUGACAGACCUUGGAAUGCCGCUGCCAUGAAGGUUGAGCUGUGCAGUUUCAGCGGGUACAAGAUCUACCCACGACACAGGAAGCACUAUGCCAGGACCGACGGGAAGGUUUUCCAGUUUCUCAAUGCAAAAUGCGAGUUGGUGUUCCUUUCCAAGAGGAAUCCUCGGCAGAUAAACUGUACUGUCCUCUACAGAAGGAAGCACAAAAAGGGACAGUCAGAAGAAAUUCAAAAGAAAAGAACCCGUCCAGCAGUCAAAUUCCAGAGGGCCAUUACUGGUGUAUCUCUUGCUGCUAUAAUAACCAAGAGGAAUCACAAACCUGAAGUUAGAAAGGCUCAAAGAGAACAAGCUAUCAGGGCUGCUAAGGAAGCAAAAGAAGCUAAGCAAGCAUCUAAAAAGACUACAAUGGCUGCUGCUAAGGCAUCUACAAAGGCAACACCUAAGCAAAAGAUGUGAAGCCUGUGAAAGUUUCAGCUCCCCGAGUUGGUGGAAAACGAUAAACUGGCAGAUUAGAUUUUUAAAUAAAGAUUGGAUUCUAACUUGAAGAAGAAGAGGAAGAAGAAGAGGAAGAGGACCAGGGAGGAGGAGGAGGAGGAGGAGGAAGUAGUUCUCCUAAAUCUGCCUUCUGGUUUCUACUUCCACUUUCUAGUUCAGGUCCUUGUCAUGACACAGUGGAGCACUGGCCAUCUCACGGGUCCUUCUGCUGUCAGGCCCGCGCAUCCCCUCUCCAUUCUCAGGGGUCAGGCCCGCGCAUCCCCUCUCAGUUCUCAGGGGUCCUCCUGCUGUCAGGCCCGCGCGUCGCCUCUCCGUUCUCAGGGGUCCUCCUGCUGUCAGGCCCGCGCAUCCCCUCUCCAUUCUCAGGGGUCCUCCUGCUGUCAGGCCCGCGCGUCGUCUCUCCGUCUCCUCUGCUGCUAGAGCCAUCACUCAAUGCUCUAGACCGUACCUCUCCCGGGGCAGGAGGUUUCGGAACACAUGUCAUUUUCGGGGAGACGGGAAGGAUUAAUGAAUGAGCCGGAGUGCACUUUCUAUAACAUAUACACGGGAAAUGGGAGCUGGAUGCAGAUAAGUCUUCCAUGCUUAUUAAGAACAUUUUAAUGUUUCUCAGUUGAUGUAUGAAGUACUUGCAAUCAGCAUUUGCUUCUUCAAUCACAAGGAGGCAGCAUAGUCUCAUGGGAGGAGGGGAAGUGGGUAUGUUCAAAACACCUGUUCUUCCUGCUGCCUGUGCUGUUCUUGUCCAGAAGGCCCCGUGGAACUGGGAGUGUCUCAUGGAGUCAUUCAGUUCCUCGCUUCCUGGUAGAGCUGCCCCUUAAACAUGUGAAACAAUAUCUCCCUAAUGCUAAAAAUAGCCAGGGUCUGAGUCCAGGACUUUCAUGUUGACGGUCUCGUGUACCUGGUGGCCCUGGGAGCAGGAUGUCCUCAUUGCACUCAUCUCUGAUACUGCGAGUCCUGCCAAGCCUGGCCAAAGUUGCCUCCUUAAUCAUUAGUCCUUGAAUAGAAUCCCAGAGGUAGUGGUUGUUGAUUUGCAAAAUAUAACAUUGACUUUAUACCAUGUUUGUUUGUCUCAUGGAGACAAAAACACUUUUCUCAUAGAAUAUAUUUUGUUUGUGGGGAAAUGAACAAAAUGAGGUAAAAAACGCAAAUCAUCCUAUAAGUAAGUUAUUUUUCUGAUAGAAGUCAGGGUCCAAGUUCAAGUUAUAAGUAUAACUAGUCACGUAGUUUCACUUAAGUCAUUUCACUUUGCUGGGCUUCAGUCUCCCCAGUUGGAAAGUGAAUGAAUGUGCCUGUGAUAUUCCGGUUUAAGUUGUGGGAACAUACCAGAUAUAGCCAACGGGAAGCAAUCGUAGCCAGAUAUGUUGAGGCACGUAAAUAUAAAACAUUUUUUAUCUGGGUCCUGUUUUCACCUCUGUAACUGAUUCUUUCUGGGCCCUGGGACAUCUAUAUUCAGCCUCUGCAUUUGUACAUUAAUUUGUUCAUUGACCCACUCAUUUAUUCAAUAAAUAUUUAUUGAGUACUUAAAUACAUGCCAGGAAUUGUCCUAGGUCUGAGGAUAUAAGAGGGUACCAAAAAAGCAGGAUCUUUUUUUUUUCCAGAGAGCCUACCUCCUAGUGGGAGAGAUGGACCACAAAUACAUAAGCAAACACAAAAUUAUUGCAGAUUAUGAAAAAUGAUAAGAAAGAGAUUAAAAAGUGUGACAGGAUGGAAGGUAACUGGGGCAGUCACUUUUAGGCAGAUGCCUCUGAGAUGCCAUCUGAGCUGAGACUUGACAAAUGAAAUGCCAGCAAUCUCAGCCUCUAAGCCUGCCAAGUUUGAGAUGUUAUUUUUAUUAGUAAUUUACAGCUGCAAAUGACCCACCUAGAUUGUUUCUAGUGCACAGUAUGCUUUGUUGACAAAAUGCCCUUAAGCAAAAUGCCACAGAUGUCAGCUUCAGU